UUGGUAGCCGAAGCCGCCGUCGAGUUUGUCUGUGCUGUCGCACUAACGCGUUUGUAAUUAAAAGCUCUAAAACUUUUUCGCGACAAAUAAGAUUGUUAUAAAUAAGAAAAAUUGUUUAUGACAAUCACUCUAGAGCACGAGCUUACCUCCACUGUCGAGCGAUCCUCGGUUGACGUUCCGCUGUAACUUACUUCUUAAGGAUCGACCUGAGUUAAGCCCCUUUAACGGAGAUAAACGUUUGAGUGAUCGAGCAUCGAACGUUGGAUAAAAUAAAAAAUAUUAAGUGUCGCAGACGCGCGGGCGCGUAUUCUCAAUCGAUCUACAGGCGAUCCUGGUUCCUCUAUUCAUAACAAAUUUCGUCUGGAACAUCAACGGUGGUCCAAUAUUCCAUCCAAAGUCUAUGAGCAUCGUGCGACGAAAAGAACGAGGAAGAAUCGCUAUCGAGAGCGUACACGUGGUAGAAACUGCAAUCCUAGGACCUGGAAGCAGCAGCAGCAACGUGGCUGCCGGGAGUGAAUCUGGAUCCGGAGGCGGGGGUGGAAUACCUCCAGGCCUUCCGUUUCAAGUCGGAUAUCGUGAAGCUGGCCAGGAAUAUACUCUGUAUCUGCUGGCGGCCCGGGAACAAGAUAGGGCUGAGUGGAUUCGUGCAUUACGUGCUGUGUGCAGUGAAAACCCAGGGCUGUCAGGUCGUUAUCACACGGGGUUGUGGAGUGGCAAGCGCUGGUCUUGCUGUCGGUUGUCCUCCCGUUCGGCCGAGGGUUGCGACACUUGCAGCUCGUGGUCACCGCCGAAGCCACCCUCUUCAAACGCCACAAUAAAUUCCUCAAGUCCUUCAUCGGCUAUUAACACGAUAACGAACGCACUUGAAGGUGAUCACGAGAGACGGACUCAACAGCAGCCAUCUCCUAUAACAACAAUAACUACCGCACUAACCACCACUACGGGAACUGCUUCUGAAGCCAACAAUAAUCCCAUCAUUCAGUCCCAGGCACGUUCGAUUGUUGGUACACCAUCGACGCCGAUAAUGCCGGGAGGAGCACCUGGGACGCCUUCCUCCAAAGCCAAGGAAAAACUGAUGCUGAGGACAAAAGUAGUAGUAGCACUGUAUCCAUUUCGUGCAAUUGAGGGAGGAGAUUUGUCAUUGGAAAAGGGUGCCGAGUACGAGGUACUGGAUGACUCACAGGAGCACUGGUGGAAGGUCAAGGAUGAAAAUGGAUCCAUCGGGUAUAUUCCGAGUAAUUACGUCAAAGAAAAAGAACUCUUGGGUCUUCAGAAAUACGAAUGGUACGUGGGCGAUAUGUCGAGGCAACGAGCUGAGUCUCUACUCAAGCAAGAGGACAAAGAGGGCUGUUUCGUCGUUCGCAAUUCAUCUACCAAGGGCUUGUAUACUCUCUCGCUCUACACUAAAGUACCGCAUCCUCACGUCAAACACUACCACAUAAAGCAGAACACCCGAGGCGAAUUCUACCUGUCUGAAAAGCACUGCUGCGGCUCCAUUCCAGACUUGGUAAAUUAUCACCGUCACAACAGCGGUGGACUAGCCAGUCGCCUGAAAACAAGUCCCUGUGAUCGUCCUGUUCCUCCUACCGCUGGUUUAAGUCAUGAUAAAUGGGAAAUAGAUCCUACGGAGCUCCAUUUGUUAGAAGAACUCGGCUCAGGACAGUUUGGCGUAGUUCGACGUGGAAAAUGGCGUGGUUCUAUCGACGUAGCUGUUAAAAUGAUGAAAGAGGGUACUAUGUCUGAAGACGAUUUUAUUGAGGAAGCUAAAGUCAUGACAAAAUUACAACACACAAAUCUAGUCCAACUGUAUGGAGUUUGUAGUAAAGACAGACCAAUAUAUAUCGUUACUGAGUACAUGCGUCAUGGAUCUCUUCUUAACUACCUCCGUCGUCAUGAAGCCUCUUUAUCGACAAAUGUCGGAUAUCUUCUUGACAUUUGUAUACAGGUCUGCAGAGGAAUGGCGUAUCUUGAAAGGCGCAAUUACAUCCACAGGGAUCUAGCAGCACGCAAUUGUCUUGUAGGAUCAGAGAAUGUAGUUAAAGUUGCUGAUUUUGGUUUAGCGAGGUAUGUUUUGGACGACCAGUAUACCAGCAGCGGUGGUACUAAGUUUCCAAUAAAAUGGGCACCACCAGAAGUCCUUAAUUACACACGGUUUAGUUCAAAAUCAGAUGUAUGGGCUUACGGCGUACUUAUGUGGGAAGUUUUCACUUGUGGUAAAAUGCCUUACGGGCGUUUGAAGAACGCCGAAGUUGUAGAUAGAGUUCAACGUGGUCUCAUUCUUGAAAAACCAAAAGCAUGCGUCAAAGAAGUUUAUGAGAUAAUGAGAAAAUGUUGGGCCCACUGUCCAGAAGUACGACCAUCAUUUCGCGUAUUGAAAGAACAACUGAUCAACGUGAAUCAAGGCCUGGUCAAUGAUUGACUCACCCUUUUGCGGUGUCUGCGCCUCUCUUUGUCUCCAACAAACUGCACGAUUGUCACACCAAAAUCACCGUCUCCUGGACGAUCGCCUUCUAUCGUGCCGUCGAUAAGUUCAUCGUACAACUCAGCAACGCUUCCAACACCGCGCAAAAUACGUGAGCCCGCUUCGCUGCCAACGUCAAUUGAUUUUCUUCAUUUGUCGUCUUCACUCUCUGCAACAACUACAACAACAACAACAACAACUUCAGCAAUAACCUCAAUAACAACAACACUAAGCAAAAUAACCAAGAGAGAUGAAAGUACAUCGUCACCAAACAGAACAACUGCCGGGCAGGUUGCUAGUCAGCCCUCCUCCAGCACAUCCAAUGUUUGCGAAAUUUGUAGCAUGUACGGUCAUCCUUGGAUCGAAAUUUGUAACGCUAUUCGUGCCACUAAAGGUCAAUGAUUUAUGUUUCGAAGACUAAAUUUAUUGAUAAUUAUUAUCAUUAUUAUUACUACUGCGAUCCAUUUUAUCGGGAUUUAUUUUUAAAAGCGUUAUCGUGCGAAUGAAAUUAAGUAAUUAGUGAUUAUUAAUCAUUAAUUACAACUCACAAUAAUUAGUUAGUGAUUAUUAAAUUUUUUUUUUUUUUGUUAAAAUUAUCAGUAAAUUUAUUAAUAAUUGAGCAACGAAGAAAUUAAUGUUGAUACUCUUGUCAUGACAAACAAGUUAACGAAUAAGUAUAAAUUGCUACUCGUCCAUACAUUUUUUUUUCUAUUUUUUUUUAUCGAGUUAUUUAAGGGGCUAUUCAUUAAUUACGUAAAGAUAUUAAGGGGGAGGAAGGGGGGGGGGGGGGGAAAUUAAUUCUUACGUAAUAUUUCGUAAAUCAAAAUUCAAUAUUAAAAAUCUAAUUUCAUUUUGGAUUCUAAAUAGUUUUCUUAAUUUUAAAGUAUACACGGAAAGAACAAGAUCACACUGGAUAUCAUCCCAGAUUAUACUCAGUGAUAUCUGUGGUGAAAAAAAAUUUCAGAUAGUAUUUAAAACAAUAUUUGACUAACCUAAUAUCUAAAAUACAUAAUAGAUAUGAUAAUGCUAAGUGCGCAAGCGCUAGAACAAAAAUUCCGGAGAUAUCACUGGGUAUAAUCCAAGAUUCUACUGAGUAUAAUCCAAAUUAUACAGGAUACUCGGAUUAUACUCAGUGUAAUCUCACGCGGUAUAAUCAGAGAUAUUACUGGGUGAAAUCGUAGAUUACAAUGAGUGUAAUCCAGAUAUCAUUCAGUAUAAUCUGGAUUAUAUCACACGAAAAAAAAAAAAAAAAAAAAAAAAAAACA